AAUAAGCACCGCCGCGAUUUCCGGUGUAAAAUUAGGUUGGCAAGACGUGUGGGCAUCGGUUUGAUCUCUGCCUUGACUAAAGGGAGGAAAGGCAAAGGAAUACCUUUUGACAAAGCCCUGCUCAUGAAAAAUGGAGAUCACAUCGUAUUACACUAAACUUCUGGGAGAACUAAAUGAGCAGCGUAAGCAGGACUUCUUCUGUGACUGCAGUAUAAUUGUGGAGGGAAGAAUCUUCAAAGCUCACCGGAAUAUUCUAUUUGCUAACAGUGGCUACUUCAGAGCCUUGUUAAUUCACUAUAUCCAUGAUAGUGGACGUCCUAGCACUGCAUCAUUGGACAUUGUCACAUCUGAGGCCUUUUCAAUUAUUCUGGACUUCCUUUAUUCUGGAAAGUUGAACCUUUGCAGUAAGAAUGUUAUUGAAGUUAUGUCAGCUGCUAGUUAUCUACAGAUGACUGAUGUGGUCAGCUUUUGUAAGUUGUACAUUAGAUCUUCUCUUGAUAUCUGUGUGAAAGAUGAAAAGGAUGAUGACUGCAGUCAUGUGGAGAAUGGAAAUAAUAUAAAUGCCUUUGGAGAUGCGGUAUCUUUUUGUAGGAAUCAAUGUCCAAACCCUGUUCCAUCAGUUCAACAACAGAAGGAGUCAAGCCCUGAGAAUAAUAAAGGACUUAACUGGAAUGAAUGCAGUACUUAUCAUCCCAUAGAUCUUGCUCAAAAGGAUCAAGAUAAUCUUUCUCCAGAGAAAGUGCACCCUCCCUCGUUACCUAAGCUUCCAGAACCUAAAGUUGAAUUUGAUGAGGAUGAAGUAGAAUCAGUUGACAGGUUCCGACAGUUUACACCAUCUGCCACAGAUCAGGCCGAGGAGAGACUGCAGUCUGCCCCAGCUAUGGAAAUAGCCUAUGAAAAUUAUCAGAUGAAACAAUUCCUGGAAGUUUUAUUGAGGACAGGAAAUGUCCAGCGGAAAGAGGACAUCAUGCAGCACUUUUCCCGUGGGGGGCGUGCAGAAGAUGGAGGGGGCACCUUCUCGAAUAUGAUGGAUGUACAGAGUGAUUGGUAUGGGGAAGAUGCAGGGAAUGGAAUAAUCGUGCCAAAAAAGAUCUACAAGUGUCCAUUUUGCACCUACACAGCAAAACAGAAAGGAAUCUUGAAACGACACAUGCGUUCCCACACAGGAGAGCGCCCAUACCCUUGCGAGACCUGUGGAAAGAGAUUCACCAGACUUGAGCAUCUUCGAAGUCAUGCUUUAAGUGUGCACCGUUCUAACAGACCGAUUGUCUGCAAAGGAUGCAGGAGAACGUUUACCAGCAACCUGCAGCAUGGUGCAAGGCGGUUUGGCCUCUGCGAUAGUUGUACGUGUGUGAUGACAACGAAUGAGGAAACAUCUCCAGUCAAUCUAAGCCAGACUGAGCAGGUUUUGGAAACCCAGGAGAAGGAGGACAAAGAUGCGAACUGGCCUGUGUACAUAGAAUCAAGUGAAGAGAAUGAGUCUGCUGGAGACAAUGUGGAUGACAAGCAACAGAUUCAGAGAAGUUUAACAGAUAGUGAAGGAUUUAUUUAGUGCUACACUUUACUCCUCCCGCUCCAGAUGGGUUGCAAAUGUUCUUCCCUAAGCAUCAUGGUGAGCAAAUGCAGUUACUUACCAUUAUACAAUGUUGGAAACUUCAAGGCCAAAGAAACUCCAGUCAAUAUGGAUCCCUUAUUGAUUUUCAAAUGGGGUAUCAACAGUUGCAAUGGACCCCUGCCCAAGGAGUCCAAUAAGAAGUUGGUAAACUGGACAGAAGAAUAUUACAGAAUGGUUGCCAACCUGAAUGGAAGAAGCUGGGAAGCCUCUUUCUGUGACAAUUUCUUAAAUGGAAAGAGCCAAAUAUCUGCUGGUACAACCAAAGUAAAAUCCAGAGCCAAUUCCCUUUCAGCCUUUGCUGAUUAUUAUUGCUUGUGAAUAUCUUUUCCAGAAAGAAUCUCCACAAAUACAAUGGGACUGUGCUAAUUCUACUUUAAGUGACUUGUUCUGGGCAAAUAAAUAUUGGUUGACUGGUGCCAUUGGCUAAUUAGUCACUUAGUUCAAGAUCAAACAGCUUGAAAUGUUCUGCAUUGCAUAGAUAUGUGGAUUAAGAUUUUUUUUAAAAAGCACUAAAAAUGGUGGUAGUGCAUUCAGAUCUCCUUUGAAUUUUAUGUGGAUGUUUUCUAACUUGUACAUAGUGAACAUUGUGUUGGUGUUCCUUUGGUCGAGUAAAGUCAGUUCUCUGAGACUCUUAUUUAGGGGCCAAUAGCCAGAGCCACUGGAUUGCGUAGUCCUGGGUGUGAUACUGAACAUUAUUUAACCAGGAUCUGGCACAAAUGGAGGGAGGCAGGGUGGACUUCAAACAACUGAAGAAAGUUCUCCAGCACUUGACUAUAUAUUUAUGACAAUUGUAACCAUUCUCAUUAUUGUCUUUUUCUGUUUGUCUUGUCUUUCUUUUUAUUGUAUGUGGGGAAAACUUGUCCCCAUUCCUGGAAACCUGCAGGUUUGGUUAAACAGUAGUGGAAAAUGAAUUGCUGUAAUGAUGAGAGCUUGAUGAUCCCUAUUCUUCACUUUAGAAGGUAAAAUUUAAGGGCUAGAAAAUAGCAUUUAAAAGCAACUUGGAAAAGAAGCUAAAACUCGUCCAAUAUAAAAUACUGUUCUGAUGUAUCAGAACUGCUUUAAACAGCAAUAAUUACUUAAUUCACAUUUGACCUCUUAAAGGGAACAAGUAGAAGACCAAAAUGCUUGUCUGAAAGGAAUGCUCACCAUUGUCACUCUGACAGGUUAUAUUGCUGUUUGAUAGCCCUAAAUCAAUAAGCUGUCACUGUUUGUAUUGUCCACAUAAUAAUAGGGUGGAAACAAAGACCCUGUGAUUGAUGCAUCAUUCCCUUGGUGUCAAGAUGUUUGCUGUUAGUUCUGGCACCAUUUUAAAGCUCAUCUUUUUAAUAAUUACUGAUUGGAUGUGAUUUUAAUGUAUGUGUGCAUGUUAUAAAGUUUGUUUCUCAGUUGUAAUGAGUCUAAUGUUCUUUGACUAGGUACAGAGAAUCCUUUAAGCUUAAGGCCAGAAUCAUGCUGCACUAAUCUUAGAAUAUGAACAAAAAAAUGAUUGUAUGUUCCUUUGUCCCCAUCCCAUUGCUAUGGAUUCAAAUAUAUUCCCUUCCCAUAGUUCAUGUGAGGAAACCCAUUUUGUGAAUGUUUACUUGUCAUUUAUCUGCACAAACUUGUUUGCAACACAAAAUUGUACCUAUAAGACUUUUGAUGUACCAAAAGAUCCCAACAAGCAUCAUGGUAACAUUAACAAACAAAAUUUGACACCACGUUGCGUAAUGAGAUAUUAGGCAAAAUAACCUAAAACUUGCUCCGUAUUUUUUCCUUGUUUAAGAAGGAAAUACAUAGAAGAAUGGAGAGGAUUAAGGAUAGAAUUCCAGAGCCUAGGGCCAUGAGCUGAAGUUAUAACCAACAGUUGUGGAAUGAUUUUCGUAUUUGAUCUGGAGGCCAGUUCGGGGGGUGGGGGGUGGUUGGAAUGGGACUGAUGGGAUAGCUUUGCUAGAAGCUAGAAUGGAUGGGAUGGUUUGGAUGGACUCCAGUGAUAUCAUAAAUUCAAUAAGUUUAACUUUUUGAUCUGAUUAGAGUUGAGAGUAAAACAGAUCUAAAGACGUACGGGUAGGUUAAUUUGGGGGUUUAAAAUGGGCAGCGUGGACUCGUUGGGCCGGAAGGGCCUGUUACCAUGCUGUAAAUAAAAAAAAAUCAAGUGAGCAAGUUAGUACUCUUAAUUCAGGCACCUGGAUAUUAAAUCUGGUUUAGAGUAAUAGAAUAUGGAUCUCACCUAAUUGUUUCCAUUGAUAGUAAAUGUGACUACAUUGCCAAUAAAUUAUGGAUCAUUUAUGCAGUUUUAUUUGGGGUACAGAUGAUUUGAGGGAAACUGUGCUAUUGCAUUGGUUAUCUAACCAAAUUUGGAAUUAACACCACUAACAUAUGCAAUCAGUUAAAUUGCCCACUCUGUUGGGCAGGGUCAAGUGGAAACUUGAGUGUGUGGAUGAAGAGGAAUUUCUAAUCUACAGCUACACUGGGUAUAACAAUAUUACCAGUGCAGCAAAGAGAUGCAAAGUAGCUCAGCUACUAGCAAUCAAUGAAAAUGGAAGACUUUGUAGAUCUGCAGAGAAACCUUUACCAGUAAUGAACCCAUAUGUAGCUCCCUAUUUGAUGAUGGCAUGGAGUAUCCAAGUAUUCCUGUUCAUGCUUGGAUCCAGUACAAUUAAAAGCUUCUUGGAUUUUUUUAAUUCAUUGAAAUGAAACUUUCUAAAAUUGUUGCUUUAUAACAAAUUUCAAUCUCCUGUGCAAAUUUCCAGAAUGUUUUCAGUUUCAAGUGCAGACUGAUACAUAAUACUCUGCAGUAAUAGUGCUAUUAACAUAGAUGUAACAUAUAGAUUACUUUUCUAGUGGCCGAGGGCAGGGAAUGAAGGAUGAAUGGGGAGAACAGGGUGCAUAUGAAUUAGGAACAAGAGUAGGCCUUUGCUGCUAUUUUAAUAAUAUUAUGGCUGAUCUGAUUGUAAUCUCAACUCUGCCCAGUCUCUGCCAGUAGGGGCAAACAUGUCACAGCUUAAAAAUACUUGGUUAUCAAUAAAAUUCGUUGCAGUGAAAUCCAUAAAAGUAGAUGAUAUUUUUAUUUUGUAUAUAACACAACAAUCAUGAGAUGAGGGACAGCAUACUGUAAAGAAGGUCGGCAUACCCAAGUUUCUCUCACCCAUCACCUCUGUGCUUGAUGACCAACAUUGGCUCCUUGUUAAGCAAUGCCUUGGUUUUUAAAAAUCUCAUGUAUUUUCAAAUCUUUACAUGGCCUUGUCUCUAAUUUUCAUAAAUCUCUUCAGGUCUAUAAUCAUUAAGAAAUCUUUAUACUUCCACUUUUGACUCCUUGAACCUCACAUUCAACUAUCGAAACAUUAAUGAAUUCUAACCCUAAAUCAUCCUGCUUCUGUUUAUUCCUUAAAACUUAUGUUUUCAAUCAUAGGCUCGAGUAUCUCCUUUUGUGGCUUGGUGUCAAAUUUUACCUUCGUAUACUUUGCUGUGUUAAAGGUAAUAUAACUACAAAUUGUGUUUGAACUUGAUGUUUCAGUUGCUAUUAUCAGUACAAUAAAAAGGACACGGCCCCACUCCACAUUUCAAGCACUUUCAAUCCCAUUGGAUGAUGCCAUAAUAUUCAGAGAUAUAAAAUAACUAAUGUCCUUUUCAAAUGCUCUUUAAAUUUUAAGGUGUACCUUUUAACGUCCUCUUAAAAGUGGGCUCUGUCUUUAAAAUAAAAUCAAAAAAAUCUUGUACAAUUUGUACAGGUUCCAAGUGCAGAAUUAUUGUAGAGGCAUAUUCCUUUACAGCAGAGUUGUUGGGAUUGCAAUAUUAUUACUGACGAGUAGAAAUAUUUUUAAAAGAACAAAGAGAGUGAAUUUGUUUUUCUCAACCUCCCAUGUAACAGUCUUUCUUCUGGCAAAGGAAUAGAAUUUAUGACUGUAUAUGAUUACAGUCAUUCUGAAGCCUUUCAGAUGAAAUAAUAAUUAGCUCCCCUGCAUUAGACUCUGAGACUUCGUAACUGAUGCACAUCUGACUGGAUUUUCCUUUGGUUCAAUUUUAAAAUAUAUUGGCCACUUUUGAGCCCCUUGUUUUCCACCAUAGGAUCAAGUACCACAAUGUUUCAUAUUGUUUGAAUAGAGUUCUCGGCAGGCAACUUCCCAGCUUCUUUCCACUGUUGCUGUUCUGCGGUAGCCAUGAAGAUGUUUGCAUGCACAACUUGUGGUGUCCAUUCCUUUUUAUUUUGUGCCUCUUCCCACAGCAGUUCAGUAACUCCCUAUUCCACUGUUCUCUUUUGGCAAAACUGGUCCACCCAAAAUCCUGUAUCACUGCACUGGUCAGGAAGGAUUUUUUUCCCCAAAAGGAAAAGUGCAUUUAAAUAGGAUUACAUUUUUAACUCCACACUGAUAAGAAAAUUUAUGAUGCCCAUAGCAAUCUUGCCUGCACAAAUGUUAAUUCCACAUUGUAGGUUUAAAUCCGGAGUUUAUAUCCGCUUUCAGCUGCAAUACAUUUCCACGAUGACAUUUAAUGCUGCAGGGCAAACUGAUCCUGGUUGCAACUCUGCAAUGUAUAGGAUGCUAAAUGCUAAUGUGACUUGGUGGACACUUUUUUUCGAUGUGAACCUGUUGUUUUAAGUAUGUUAUCCUAUUUCCUUCAAAGGAAGUUUCUUUUUCCACCCUUCACAUUUUAGUGAACCAUCUGUUUUGGUGCUUCAGCAUUGAAUUUCAUAGAUUGUGGACAUUGUUGAUGUCAAUGUGCCAGUAGGUGCAAUGGAAUUGUAAAUUCGAGUAUUUUAUGAUCAUUCAACAAUAUGACAGUUUUUGACUUUUUCUAAAUUGAUAAUUUAAUAUCUGUUAACUAUAUUGCAAAUAUCAGACGAAAAAAACUGGUAUCUUUUGUGGAAUGUGACAUCUUUAAUUGUUCGCAUAAUCACCAUAAUCUCAACAACAAAUGUGAUCUAGUGCUUAAAAGGUUAGCUACA